UUUUUUUCUAGCUGAGAGAAAAGAGACUGACGCUUGAGCGGGUGGAGACUGCCACACAUUUAAAUCCCCCGGGUCGGUUUUUCAGCUUUUAGCAACAACUAACUUCUCCUUUUUAGGUUUUUCUUUGUGCCGUUGGAGUCUUUAGAGCUGAUUUAAUGUCGUAAAUGACAGGUUUGUAGGGGCGUCGUUGUCGGGAAGUUUUUUCGAGGGGGGGGAUUCGGACCAGCUAAGGGCCAUGGCAGUCGAGGCUCGGCCGGAGCUGGUCGGGAAGCGGUUCCUCUGUGUCAGCGGGGACAAGCCGCCUGAAAUCGGCGACAUCGCUCGCUGGCCGUGGAGGUCCGGUGUCAUACGAGCUGUCAACCACCGUGACAGCGACAAUCCCGACCUGACGACGUCCGUCAGCACCGUCUCUGAGAAUCACCUCUGCACACGUGAGGUGUACGUGGAGUUUGAUGAUCAGGAGUGGGAGAAGAGAGAGUGGGUCAAGGUCUAUGAGGAUUUCCAGCUGUUUCUCCUGGAGCACCAGCUGGUCUGGGCCAAGAGGAAGGAGGGAGCAGGAGGAGGAGUGGGAGCAGGUGGAGGAGCAGGAGGCCUGCUGCAGGCAACCAAGGCUAAACACAUACAGUGGCCUGCUCUGGGAUUUAAACCAGUGGUCGGGAAGAGCCUGUUGUCUUCGGUAACAGCAGUGGAAUUCUUGUUAGACCAACAGCUGGACUUCCUGUCGGACCAUUCGUCUUACCAACCUUACCAGGAUGAGGUGGACAGUCAAAACCCAGUGUUAAGAGACAACCCUCAGCUCCAUGAAGAAGUGAAGGCGUGGCUCAAAGACCAGAAAGUGCAGGAAAUUUUUAUGCAAGGUCCCUAUUCGUUGAAUGGCUACCGUGUGCGUGUGUAUAGACAAGACUCAGCCACCCAAUGGUUCACCGGCAUUAUUACACACCACGACCUCUUCAGUCGAAACAUGGUCGUUAUGAAUGACCAGGUGCUAGAGCCUCAGAACGUGGAUCCAUCUAUGAUCCAGAUGACCUUUCUGGAUGACGUAGUCCACUCAUUGCUGAAAGGAGAAAAUAUCGGCAUCACCUCUAGACGAAGAUCACGAUCCAGCCAGAACAACAACUCUGCCCAUAUGGCAGGAGGGAGACCCGGUGGGACCACUGGCAACACUCAGAGCCAUUACACGCGAGCCCAAGCCCACAGCCCCCGCCCCAUCAUGACCUCAUCAGGUCCCAACCCAAAAGGUUCACAGGGGACGUUGGCUUCCCAACAACACAGCCAGUCACAGCAGAGCCAGCAGCCAGCUAGCCAAUCGCACCACUCACCUGGAGGCAGCGGCCGGGAGCAGAGGGAGCAGCGCAAUUCCCGCUCGUCAAGGAGGAAAGGAUCAGACAGCAGCGUUCCGGAGGAAGACAAGGACAGGAGAGAGGAGAAAACAGGUAGAGACUCCAAGUCCAAGGUGAAGCAGGUGGUGAACAAACGUAGGAAGGGCGAAGAAGAUGAGAAGAAGGCGGGUUUAAAGAGGCUGAAGACUGACAUGACAUCUGACCUGUCAGAGAGCAGUGACUCGGAAAACCCGCACAACAAAAGGGUCAUCCACUCGUCUUGCUCUUCGUCCUCCUCCUCGUCUUCCUCCUCCUCAUCCUCCUCCUCGUCCUCCUCCUCGGAGCCCAACUCUGAAAAUGAACUUAAGACUCGCAGUAACGAUGUAAAACCAAGCGCAGUUUCCAGAAUGGAGGAAGACGAGAAGCCGCUUAUACAGGGCGCCAAAAUUAACAAUUCCUCGGCUCUCAUUGGACGGCUGUCCCCAUGGGUGGAGCUUCAAGCUACAGAGGAGAGCAAAAAGGGUGUGGUUAAGGAUACAGGAAAAAUGUCCAUGAAGGAGGUGGAGGAAUUGGUGGCAGUAACACAGAUCACACAGUCUCCACGGCAACCGUCUCUAAUGUCUGACACCAUCAUCCAGGGCGGCAUUAUGGAGAGCAGCAAGAACACUGUGAAAGCAUCGUCUCGAUCCCAGACCCCGUCCACGUCCCACAUCCAUAGCAGUGGCGUGAUUGACAUCACGGAUGACGCCCAGGCCACAGUGCACCGCGAGAGCUCCGAGGCAGUGUCGGCUCUGCUCGCCUCCCAAGCUGAUUCCACUGCUCUCUCACCUUACCUCCCCCUCAACCCAUCCCCGGUCUCCUCUCCACCCAUUCCACCUUCUCCCUCACCAUCGGAAGGAGGCCGUAGAACAGAUGUCGAGCCUCCUAUGCAGCAGCAGCAGCAAAGCAUUUUGGGAGGUGCCAUGGCUGCACCAAGGAGUCUAGGCAACAAAACAGAGUUCGCUCCCUCUGAGGUCAUCAGGCCUCUCACGUCAAUAGCUGAUAGUGUGGUGCUGGUGGAGAAGGAGAAAACUGUCCUUCCUCAUCAUCAUCUUCAUCAUCAACAGCAGCAGCAACAUCCUCUGCAGCACAUGCUACAACAACACUACACACCCAUCCAAUCUGGCAUUAAGAGCCCGCCUUCAUCUGAAGAGACGAGAAAACAUUUGCAGCAACAGCUGCCCUCCCACAAGAUGAGCACAGUCCUCUCCCCCGAUUUAGCGAAACCCAAAAUGAGCCCCAGCCCAAACCCCAGCGCACCUCAGCUUGACUCGCUGAAACAGAAACCCCAGCAUCCCAACAAUCACCAGAGCCACCCCUAUCCCAGCAUGCACUCAGCUGAACUUCUCAAAGCCCCAAAGUCCCACCCAAACCUGCUGGACAUUUCCAAACCUAAACCCACCACCUCUCCAGAGGUCUCCAAACAUAAAAUACCACGAUACUCCGAUACGUCCCCACCUCCGACAGGUCGUUUGUCCGCUAAAGUAGAAACAGUAGAACCUCUGCGGUCUGGUUUUAAACCGGUGCCAGCGCGGCCAGAAUCAUGUGGAGUCAGUACGAGCAGCAGCACCAAGAGUCCUCUGAUCAUUGAUAAGAACAAAACCUUCACCAUUUACAGAGACCCAGCACUGGUCCGUUCCGAUGCAGAGAACUCGGCUGCUGCCACCGUCUCUUCCAAUCACGUGGCAGCCUAUCUCCAUCCCCAUUUGCACACUCUGCACUCCCCGUCCCCUCACUCACCCUGCCACCCGGCUUCCCACCCCCACGCCGCCUCUCACCUCCUCGCCACAACUCAUGCCUCUGCCCUACCUCAUCCACACCUCUUACCCCCUGGGGUGCUCCAAGGUAUGCCUCCGCCCACAGCAUCUCUCCUCGGGGGUCACCCUCGGCUCGACUCCCCCGGCGGAUUGGGUCACCUCAGCCUACCUCACGCACACCAGCAGCAGUUCCUACAGGGUCAAGGCCCUCAUCCACCUCCACUUCUAACCCAAGCUCACGGCGGGGCAGCAGGGCUAGGCCUCUACCCCAUCCUCUGGCAGUAUCCCAACGGAACUCCAGCCUCCUACCCCCCAGGACUCAACCUGCCCCCCACAGCUAAGUGGGUCCACCCCGAAAACCCUGUCACCGUGAAUUCUGAGGCCUCUCUCAGGAGGAACACAGCCAGUCCAUGGCUGCACCAGGCUGCCGGUAGCACUGGUGACAGUCUGGGUUUGCUGAGCCAUGUCCCUGUCCGGCCAGCAAGUGCUGAUGCCAACCGCCACCACAUUAAGAUCAACGCACAUGCAAGCCCUCCAUUGUCAAAGGGCAGCAUGGAUCUCCAUAAAGAGGAUUUGGAAAAGAAAGGCUUUGUGGAUCCCAUCAGAAAUAUGACUCUGGCCCAGCUGAAACAGGAGCAGACAGACAGGAGUCGAACCCCCACAGGAAAAGAUAUCCAUUUACACCGCCUGUACCUAGACCCUCUGAGCAAGGCCCGUCUGUCAAAUGCACAGGAUGCAGUUCAGGCUGUAGACAGAGUCAGCAAAUACAAAGAGGAGAAUCGGCAGAUCCUCAAAGAGAGCAUUGAAGUCGCGCCGUUCACUGCGAAGAUCCAGCGCUCUAGUGACCCAACAAUGGACAGGGACAGAGAGAGAGGCAGAGAUUCAGCCUUCCCCGUCCGGAUACCAGCUCUCACCUCGCCCAGCCCCAAAGCCAGCCAUGCCCACCCCCACAUCAUCCAGUCAGAAAAAAGCAACUACUUCACCACGCUGUCCAACAGUGUGGUGAACGAGCCUCCGAGACUGUACUCCUCCAAAGAGCUCAGCUCUUAUUACGACAAAGUUCCAGGGGUUGUAGCCAGUAUUGGUGCUGCUGUGCCCAACCAGGGAGCUCUGUCUUUAGGCAACCACAGCUCCAAAACCUCCCUGUCCAAGCCUCCCCCUCUUAUUAAACACCAGCCAGAGAGUGGAGAGGGUUUAGCAGGGAAAAUCACCGAGCAGCUCAGCCAGCAGGUAACACUAGUCCAGCAUCAACAUCAGCAUCACGCAGGUAUGGACAGGAUCGAACGUCGCAGCCCUGCCAUUUCCCCUUCCUCCUCCUCUACAUCCUCCUCUUCCUCUUUGGCCCAAAACCACCACCAUCAUCAUCAUCACCACCACCAACAACAACAUCACCACCAACAACAUCACCACCACCACCAACAGCAGCAGCAGCAGCAGCAACAACACCAGCUCAGGGCAAUGCCAUCCCUCCACCGAGCGCCUGUCUUCCACCCCCCCACACAGCAUGCGCUGGAACGGAAAGAGGCUGCAGAGCGGGAGCGGGAGCGAGAGAAGGAGAGGGAGAAAGAAAGGGAAAGAGGGGGUUACGGUGGUCGUCUGUCUCCCCCGACCCUCACACCCAUCCAGCCUGUUAACUUAGUGGCAACUGGUAGCAAAACAUCAGCAGAGCAGCAAAAACCUCCCACGCUGCUGCCAGAACUCAGGGACAUCAAAGGUCAUGGAAAUGCAACCACCAUCACCUCUGUGGCCUCUGCCAUAGGUGGGGAGAUUAUGACUUCAUCCACAGAUGGAUGGAGAGGUGGAGAGAUAAUUCAGGAAAGAGGAGGAAUGUACUGUGGAGAGAAAGGACUAUCCAGGGGCAAGCCUCAAGCUGCAGUGGCAUCAGUCAUUGUCCGUCCAUCGACAUCCAUUAAAUAUGACAACUCAUAUGGUGCUAACAAAUCUGGUGCUAUGAUCCAUCAGGAUCUCCCCCAUGGUAGGAUUUACUCAUCCAAGCUUCAGGGGGAAUGUCCAAGGUUAGGGGAGAGUGUUAGAGAAGCUGGAGCUGGCAGGGUUAUCCAGUCCAACUCGAACAUGGAUGAUAUGUGUGUCCAGUAUAAAAAGACUGCCAUGUGUGGCAUGCAAGGAACUAUGGGAGGCGGUAUCACAAACUCUGUGUGCAUACAGAGUCAAUCUGUGGCAGCGACUAACCAGUUAGGAUACUCGGUUUCAGCUCGGGGUCAGUCAGGAGAGCACCAAGAGGGCUUUGGCUCUCGCACCACAUCACCAGGGGGAUCUCUGCGUCCCCCUACUCCAGCAGGAACUUCCCAACCCAGUCCGAGUCACACUCCGAAACCUAGCUCCGUUUCAUCCAUUUCUGGCUCCAGCCAACCUCUGUCCUCCUCCUUUGUCCAUCUCAAGAAGCACAAAGCUGCGUUAGCUGCAGCUCAGUCCAGGAGCAUUGUCUCCACUGCUCCCACAUCUAUCACAACUGGAAACUCCUCCCUGUCCGUGGAUACGAUUGACAAAGCUCCCAUUCGCAACUCCCCGCCACCACCCCCUGCAAGCCAAGCUUCAUCAUCAUCAUCUUCGUCAUCAUUAUCAUCAUCAAUUGACUGCGGCAGCAGCAGCAGCUCGGCAAGUGGCAGCACAACGCCAGGAAAGUCCAGUCCCCUGCCCAACAACCAGCCCUCAGGCUCAGCCCCGACAAGCAGCGCUCAGCCCAGUAACUACCACAAGUUGAAGAAAGCCUGGUUAACACGGCACUCAGAGGAGGACAGGAAUACAACUGCUACACCAAUUCCCACCAGUACUAAACCUGAGAAGCUGCCCAGCACCACCACCACCACCACCACCAGCACAAGUAACACAAAUAAUACUGCAGCCAUGUCUGAAAUGAUCAAACCCUGCACUGUCAACCUCAGUGCCUCCACCUCCAGCGAGGUGGAAAUGAGCAAGGACAUCGGGAUUAAAGGUGAGCGAGAGAGGCAGUCGGAGGAGAAGAUGGGAGCAGCAGCAGCAGGAGGUGGGGAGGACAGGAAAGGAGCUCUGUCGUUGAGGCGAGGGAACAAACGGACAUACGAGUCGGGUUCAGAGAGUGGAGGAGAUGAUUCUGACGCCAGUGAGAGCAAGAUGGAGGGCCGGGCCAAGCGUCAGCCUAAGCCGACCUACAAAAAGAAACAGAAUGACAUGGCCAAGAAGAGAGGAGACAAUGAAAAGGAUGAUGAUGACAUUAAGCCCAAUGGUAUCUUCAGAUCGGCCCGAGAGAAGACCAAACUGAAACUGGCCAGCAGCAAUGGCAUCCCACGCUCUGUGUUGAAGGACUGGAGGAAGGUGAAGAAGCUGAAGCAAACAGCGGAGUCGUUCCUGCAGGACGACUCUUGUUCAGAAAUCGGACCCAACCUCCAGAAGUGUCGAGAGUGCAGGGUCAUCCGCAGCAAGAAGGGAGAGGAGCAGGCACACUCCCCUGUCUUCUGUCGCUUCUACUAUUUCAGAAGGCUUUCCUUUAGUAAAAAUGGAGUCAUUCGAAUCGAUGGCUUCUCGUCUCCGGACCAGUUUGACGACGAGGCUCUGGCCCUGUGGGCUCCUGGGGCAAUGGAGGAGAGCCCCCUGGAACAUUCUACAGCCAAGUACAUCCUCAGCUACAUCGGAGAUAAAUUCUGUCAGAUGGUUGUGACUGAGAAUACUGCAGCAUCCUGGGUCAAGAAGGAUGCCAAGCUGGCAUGGAAGCGAGCGGUGAGGGGGGUGAGGGAGAUGUGCGACGCCUGUGAGGCGACGCUCUUCAAUAUCCACUGGGUCUGUCAGAAAUGUGGCUUUGUUGUCUGCCUCGACUGUUACAAGGCCAAAGAGAGAAGGAGCUCCAAAGAUAAAGAACUAUACACCUGGCUGAAGUGUGUGAAAGGCCAACCCCAUGAUCACAAACACCUGAUGCCAACACAGAUCAUACCAGGCACAGUGCUGGCAGACCUGGUGGCUUCCAUGCACGCGCUGAGAGAUAAACACAGCAUCAAAUCCCACUGCCCCUGCACCAACAGACAGAACCUCCUCACCAAACUGCCAGUCACCAAUGGAGUGUCACAGGUUCUGCAGAAUGUCUUGAACCACAGUAACAAGCUGUCUCUGGUGAAGGCCGAGCCGGGCACUCAGCAGAACUCUGACACAGGAGCAAUCAAGGCAGAGACUAAUGGAGGAGGUGUCGGAGGAAGCAGUCCAGGCAGCGACACAGGAAGUGCUCCCGUCACCCCACCAGAGUCCCAGUCACCUCUGCACUUCCUGGCCGACCUGGCAGAACAGAAAUCCAGGGAGGAAAAGAAAGAAAACAAGUCAGGGUUGCUGGGUAAAUCCAUGAAGGAGGACAAGGACGUAGAAAGCCUGGAGGUCCUGCAGCAGUGUAAAACCACUUCUUUGGUCACUAACAAUACAGAGCAGGGCUCCACACUCCGAGAUCUGCUCACCACCACAGCAGGGAAACUGAAGCUGGGCUCCACUGAUGGAUCCAUCGCCUUUGCACCCGUCUACUCUAAUGCAUCACAGACUGGAAAGAGUGGGCGGAGCAUGCCCAAUAUCCUCGAUGAUAUCAUCGCUUCAGUGGUGGAGAACAAAAUCCCCGCCACUCGCCAGAACAUCACCACCAAGCUGUCAAUCAAGCAAGAGCCCAUCACCGCUGGUAUCACCAUCAACAAUGCCGCCGCCAUCACUCCUGCCGUUACUGACGAUACCAAACCAGACAAGAAGAAGUUAGUUAGUGUUUCUGCGACUGUGCCAGAAGAUUCAAACAGUCAGUAUCCAGACAUUCCCCACUGCUGGUUAAACAACCGACAGCUACUGUGGCUCAAAGAUCACCGGAACCAGAACAACUGGAAGCUGUUCAGAGACUGCUGGAGACAGGGACAGCCUGUGCUGGUGUCAGGGAUCCAUAAGAGACUGAAUGCCGGUCUGUGGAAAGCGGACUCCUUUAACCAGGAGUUCGCUGACCAUCAAGGAGAUCUUCUCAACUGUAAAGACCAGGUGGUGACCAACUCUGGGAUCAAGGAAUUCUGGGAUGGAUUUGAGGACAUUACCAAGCGGCCCAAGUCCAAGGAUGGAGAACCUAUGGUCUACAGACUGAAGGACUGGCCGUCUGGAGAGGAGUUCAUGGCCCUAAUGCCCUCAAGAUAUGAUGACUUGAUGAAGAACCUGCCGCUGCCAGAGUAUUCUGAUCCAGAGGGAAACCUCAACCUGGCCUCCCACCUGCCGUCUUUCUUCGUCAGACCAGAUCUGGGGCCGAGACUCUGCUGUGCCUACGGUGUAGCUGCAUCUCAGGACCAGAACUUUGGGACGGCCAACCUCCACGUGGAAGUGUCGGACGUCGUGUCUGUUCUGGUUUAUGUAGGAGUAGCAAAAGGCAACGGAGUCCUGUCCAAAACUGGAGUGUUAAAGCGUUUGGAGGAGGAGGAUCUAGAUGAGGGAGUCCGCAGGAGGCUCAAAGACUCCAGUGAGACACCAGGGGCGCUGUGGCACAUCUACCUCAACAGGGACAUGGACAAAGUCCAAGAGUUCCUGCACAAGCUCUGUAAGGAGCAGGGAUUGGAGGUUUCCCUGGACCAGGAUCCAAUCAGAGAGCAGGGCUGGUAUCUGAGCAGGAAGCAGCGUCAGCGGCUGAUGGAUGAACAUGGAGUCCAGGGCUGGACUGUAGUUCAAUUCCUGGGAGACUCUGUCCUCAUACCAGCCGGGGCGAUGCACCAGGUCCAGAACCUUCACAGUUGUGUUCAGGUCAUCAAUGACUUUGUAUCUCCGGAGCAUGUGGCCAAGUCCUUCCAACUGACCCAGGAGCUGCGGCCCAGUAAAGAGGAGGUCAACUAUGAAGAUAAACUACAGGUCAAGAACAUCCUAUACCACUGUGUGAAGGAGGCGGUGAGCUCGCUGAAGAGGAGCAGCUCUGAGGAAGAUGAGGAGGAGGAGAACUCAUGACGCCUCCUCUGGCCUCGCCCGCGCCUCCCGUCAGUACCUCCCCCGUCGCUGCGCAGUCCUCCACUUCCCGUGGAGUGACUGCGUCACAUGACCACAAAGAGGCGGACGGGUCAGAGCUGGCCGUGUGGACCCCGGGGGGACCUCGCCGCGUGAGCUCCACACCUGCCUCGCCUCGCACCACGUCCAGGUGGCCACUCCCACCUCGUUCAUCACGAGCCCCCAAAACCUCGAGUGCCAAUAUAAGACGAGGCGACUGGACGUUAGCGGUCAAACGUCAGCGAGCACUGAACGCGGUCCACACACCUCCACUGUAACACGCCCCAACUCAACGUCACUGAUGGUGCGUCCGGUUGCCAUGGAGACCCGGGCUGUCCUGUCCUGCAUGCAGCAGUGAUGAUGGAGACUCAGAGACACACUCACCCCUCUGUCUGCUCUCUCUCGCUGAUCCACUCACAGUCACACACACACGCUCACACACGAUGUCACGGACAGAAGAUUUCGCUGAUCACGGCAGCAGCAGCAUCACCAGCAGCAGCGUCAGAAUUAAAACUUGACAUUUCUGAUGUUAAAAAAAAA